AGUAGUGCGGCGUUGCAGCUUCACCAUGGAUGGCAGCCGGCAGUUUUUAGUGCUGCUCUUCGCGGCUUCCCUGCAUCUCUACAACUGCAGCUGGUUCAAGCGUCGCUGUGAUUAUGAAUUGGUUGGGCCUCUCUAUGUUUGGAAUCUCGGUGCAUCCUCUCACUCUAGUAUCUUCCGUGCUGCUACAUUUGCUCGGAUUUAUGGUGCUGGUGGUUGGUCACCAGAUCCUCAAGACAAGCAUCCAUGGCUCCAGAUUGAUCUGACAAGGAAAGCACAUAUAAAAACCAUUGCUACUCAGGGGACCUUCAAUACCUACAAUUGGGUGACCCGCUACAUUGUUCUCUAUGGUGAUCAUCCCAGCAAUUGGAAGCCUUAUUUCCAGCAGGGGAGCAAUUGGACAUUUUUUGGCAAUGUAAAUUCUAGUGGCGUGGUCAGCCAUGACCUACAUCACCCCAUUUUGGCUCGCUAUCUCCGGAUCAUUCCUGUGGCUUGGAACCCACAGGGCACUAUUGGCUUGCGAGUUGGCCUUUAUGGAUGCUACUAUGAUUCUGAAAUCGUAUAUUUUGAUGGGGAUGAUGCCAUUUCUUACCAGUUUCGCAGCAAAAAAGUUCGUUCCACUGAAGACAUCAUUGGGUUCAACUUCAAAACAAUGGAGCAUGAGGGCAUCUUAAUGUAUGCGGCAGGAUCUCAGGGAGAUUACAUCAGUGUGGAACUUCAGCAAGCUCAGCUGGUUCUGAGCAUAAGUCUUGGUAACAGCUCAUUAAAUAUGAGUGGAGGGGAGACAACAAUGAAGCUGGGGAGUCUCUUGGAUGACCAACAUUGGCACCAAUUUCGCCUUGAUCGCUAUAGAAAAUAUGUCAACUUCAGUCUGGAUGGGGAGAUUUUGCAAUUCCGCCUCAAUGGGGAAUUUGAUCAGCUUGACCUAGACACAGAGAUCUUCUUUGGAGGAGUGAGAAACAAUGAGAAACAGCGACUUGUCUAUAGGCCAAACUUCCGUGGCUGUAUGGAAAACAUUGCCUACAACCUGGUUUAUAUUACUAAUUUAGUAAGACGCCGGCAUCCCUCUAUCCGGGUUGAGGGUCAUGUGGGCUAUUUCUGUCGGGACAAUCUCUUGUUCCCCUUUACCUUUGCUGGGGUCAACAACUUCUUGCAGAUCCCUGGAUAUCCUCGGCGCAAUAUGCUGGCAAUCAGCUUCAGUUUCCGCACGUGGGAUGUUGUAGGGCUGCUUAUGUAUACAUCCUUUGCUGAUGACCUAGGAUGGCUUGAGAUGGUCCUGAGUGCUGGACAAGUCAAUGUCACAAUUGCUCAGCCAAAAACUCAAACCAAAACCAAGAAGCUGGAAUUUGCAGCAGGAUAUCGUCUUAAUGAUGGUUUCUGGCACUCAGUGUCCUUGAUAGUACGAGAAUCCUCAGCUGUUAUCACUAUUGAUGAUCAGAAUGAUGCCAGUUUCCGUGUUGACCGAGACAUCCAGUUGCGUACUGGGAGCCAGUACUUUUUUGGAGGGUGCCCCAGGCCAGCACUACGAACUGGCUGCCUGUCCAAUCAGACAGCUUUUCAUGGCUGCAUGCAGAUGGUCAGUGUGGAUCGCCAGCCGAUAGAAUUGGACAUGGUUCGUCAGCAUCGGCUCGGCAAAUACUUUGAGGUGUACUUCAAUGUGUGUGGCAUCACCGACAGGUGUACCCCCAACAUGUGUGAACAUGGCAGUCGAUGCAUCCAAUCCUGGGAUGACUUCACUUGUCUCUGUGACUUGACGGGAUACAUGGGGGAGACCUGCCAUACUCCUGUUUACAAGGAAAGCUGUGAAGCUUAUCGAAUCAGGGGGAAAGUGUCUGGGAACUACACCAUUGAUCCAGAUGGCAGCGGACCUCUCAAACCUUUUACUGUAUAUUGUGACAUGAGAGAGGACCGUGCAUGGACCAUUGUUCGUCACAAUCGUCAUUGGCUCACAAAAGUAUCAGGCUAUAGCCCAGAAAGGCCUUUCCUGGGCACAGUUGACUACUGGAAUGCAUCCUGGGGGGAAGUAUCAGCCCUGGCAAAUGCCUCCGAGUACUGUGAGCAGCAAAUAGAAUUCCACUGUUACUUCUCUCGCCUACUCAACACCCAGACUGGGAUGCCUCUAAGUUUCUGGAUGGGACGAAAUGAAGAACGUCAUUAUUACUGGGGAGGCUCUCCUCCAGGCCUGGGGCGCUGUGCAUGUGGCAUGGAGAAGAGUUGUGCCAAUCCCCUUUUCUAUUGCAACUGUGAUGCUGAACACUUGAUGUGGCGAGCAGAUAAAGGGCUGCUGAAUUUUGUUGACCAUCUUCCAGUCACGCAAGUUGUAGUGAGCGAUACAAACCGUACUGGAUCAGAGGCUCAGUUCUAUGUGGGUCCAUUGCGUUGCUAUGGAGACCGCAACUCCUGGAAUACAGUAACCUUCAUCAGGGGAGCAGCUUUGCUUUUUCCUACCUUCAAGGUCAAUUUCAGCCUGGAUAUCAGUUUCUUCUUCAAGACUUCUGCACCAACAGGCACUUUCCUAGAGAAUGUGGGCCCGAUGAACUUUAUCCGCAUGGAGCUCAACACUUCUCAAGACUUGGUCUUUGCUUAUAACAUUGGAAAUGGGGAUGAGAAUUUAACAGUGCACUCAGAGAUGCCAUUCAAUGAUAACGAGUGGCAUGAAGUGAAAGCAGAGAUCAAUGUUAAAGUUGCUCGGCUACAAGUUGACUGGUUUCCUUGGGUGAUGCGAGCAGCUCCGCCCCAGAGUUUUAUCCAUCUGAACCUCACUAAACCGCUCUAUGUGGGAUCUGCCGAAUACAACUUGCAUCCAUUCUUGGGGUGUUUGCGAGGUUUGCACAUGAAUGGGGUGACCCUAAACUUGGAGGGGAAAGCCAAUGAAACAGAAGGGGUUCUGGUAAACUGCACUGGACAUUGUCGAAACCCCUUGAUACCAUGCCAGAAUCAUGGCACCUGCUGGGAGCACUACAGCCACUACACAUGCAACUGCACAGUCUCUGCAUUUGAAGGGCCUUUCUGCAAUCAUGAAAUUGGUGCCUACUUUGAACAAGGCAUGUGGGUGCGCUAUAAUAUCCUAACAACACCAUUGUCUGUGGUACAGGAAUUUGCCAACAUACUCCAACAACCACUUCAGCCACUCCCUGGCUACAAUGUGACAGGGGAGGAAGUGGGACUCAGCUUCCGCACCACUUCAGCCCCCGCAGUCCUUCUCUAUGUCAGCACCUUUGUCCAUGACUUCAUGGCCAUUUUGAUCCGUGAGGAUGGUACACUACAGCUACGUUAUCAACUGGGGAUCUUCCCUUUCAGCUUGACUUUGAGCACACGCUCAGUGGCUGAUGGGCAGCCACAUAGAAUCAAUAUUACUCGUGUCAAUCGGACUUUGUACACACAGUUGGAUUAUUAUCCUCUCAUGAUAAAUCAGUUCUCUGUCUUUGUGGACAGCAAACUUGAUUCUCCCAAGGCACUCUAUCUUGGGCGUUUUAUGGAGACAGGAGUGAUUGAUCCUGAAAUCCAGAAAUACAAUACACCAGGUUUCGUAGGUUGCAUCUCGGGGGUGAAGUUCAACAGCAUUGUGCCCCUGAAAACCAUAUUUCGUUCUACUGGCAACAAUCCCAUCAUUCCUUACACCAUCAAUGGAAAGCUGGUAGAAUCCAACUGUGCCUCUAUGCCUUCCACCUACAUUAAAGUGCCUCCUGAGCUUGAUCCAUGGUACAUAGAUCCAGUGGACUUCUUAUACAUCCACGAUGACGGCUGGGUUGCAGUUAUUAUUGGAGUUAUCUUUUUCCUGCUUCUGCUGUUGGCAGCAGCCCUUCUCUUGAUGUACCUUCACCACCACCGUUACAAGGGCUCCUAUCAUACCAAUGAGCCAAAGGCUAUCCAGGACUACAACAGUGGUGGAAGUAGUAGUGGUGGUGGGAGUACCAGAGGCAGUGGCAGUGCUGAGCCUGCCACUCUCCCUGCAACUAAGCCUGUUGCCCCUCGGAAAGAUCAAAACUUGCCACAGAUAUUGGAAGAGUCCAAAACAGAAUAGCCAACUGGAGCCUGAGGGAUUCAUCUUCUACUCGUUGGUGCUGGCUGCAGCCUCUUGGCAAGACCAAACCCAAACUGCCAAUCGUGCCACUUGCUGGGAGUCUGAUUUCUGCCUCUACCCUUCACGGUGUGAUGAACUGCCUGGUGCUUUGCCUUGUUCAACUUGCACAUCCUGUGGUGUUGCUGUAUUUCCCAGUUGGACAUAGUUCUUACUGGCAAGUGUCUAAUCAAAGAUAUUUCUGCCUCCCUUCAUUUCAUUCAGAAUAAUUGUAUUUAGUUAUUUGUUUAGUAGUUUAUUUAUGGGACUUUCAUAAUGCCUCAAUUGAU